CGUUAUGCUUUGCAAAGGGCUUUUCAGGCAGCACCUAACCGGCUUAUGACUAACAAUGCCUACCUGGCUUUAUUGGGCGCCUCGUUAAAUGCAUCCACAAUAGAUGAGGGACUAAACUUCUAUGACUCACAACAUCGCUUUGAGCACUCAUAACUUCUGUUGGUUCUUUUGAGUUCACUUCCACAUGCGCCAAAGACUUUUCAGUGUCGCGUAUUACAGUCAUGCUGUUUCCAUUUAUACCCUUGUCCCUGGGGAUCGAUUGGAUCCAGGAGAAAAACUCGUUAUAGGUUGUCGAAAAGCAACAAUUUCUGCUGAAACACAGAAAGGUGAAACAGAAGCUGUCAAUGGAUGCAAAGUCGGAUCGAUUGAAGCAACUAUUGAAAGAGACCGAGAAGUAUCUCCAGAAGUUUGGAUCAGCAGAGCCUUUGAAGCAGAUAAUGGUCUAAAUGAUAAUAGUGAAUUUACUAUUGAGAAUGAAGAUGAAACAAAUCAGGCCAAGGGUGUAGGAGUCUUUGGUAAUAAUGCACAAGAUACAAAUAUUCCAGUAGAAGUGUGGAGAUACUAUUUGCUAACUAAUAGACCAAAGGUAUCAGACAUAUUAUUCACAUGGAUAGAUCUUCAAGCAAAACUCAACACUGAGUUGCUGAAUAAUUUAGGCAAUUUCAUUAACCGUGUCUUGAGCUUUAUUUCUAAAGAUCCAGAUUCAAGAGGUGGUAGAGCUAUAGCAGGUCAAGUUGCUGCACUUGUCCUUUGCCACACCAGAGAACUAGCUUAUCAUGUCAUAUUUUCAUUUGUAACCCUCCAACAAUUUGAAAAUGUUAAUUUUCACCCAUGUCUUACUCUUUGUAUCUUGGGUGAGAUUUGUUGCAGAGAACUAGCUUAUCAGGAAAAAUUACUGAUAGAUGUGUCUGGAUGGCUUCAUCAAUACAUAAGGGUAAAGAAGAAGGUAAGAUUGGUGAAAAACAAGGACAACAAUGAAAUCAAGGGUUUUUGUAUUAAUUUUGUGAAAAAUUAUGGUCAAAAGUGUAUGUUGUCUGGCCUAAAAGCAGAACUAGAAGCAUUAAGACGAAGGCACUCUAAUGUACUGGAGUUGAUGGGUGAAAGAGAUGAGGAGGUAAAAUUACCUUUUCAAUGUUUUGAAGUUUUUGAUGGAAAAAAAUAGUGUUAAUGCUCUUCAUAGAAAAGUAUGUUGGUAUUUUAGGAAAUUUGGCUAAUAAUUUAGUUAAUUAUAUAAAAAAUGUUGAAAUGUUACAUUUGUCUACUAUUGGAAUGAUUAUUUGUAUUACAUUAACUUUUGUGCAAUGUAUUGUAUUUUUUGUAUAUGAUAUGUUAUUCU